AUGGCUUCAAAGGUUAAUAAAUAUUAUUAUUAUUAUUAUUAUUAUAUAAAUAAUUUAAGGCAAGCUCCUAACGAGAGCCCAUAUGAAUUUCAUGAAAAGGGCAGGAAAUUAUUAAAUACUAUUUCAAAUUACCUCGGUUUGCAUAAACACAAUUUAGAUAUAAGAAAAUUCAAACAAAAAUCAUAUAACGAACAAGCUCUUCAAGUAUUUUUAGCUGGCUUAAGAAACCCUUAUGGUAUCAUGGCUAAUCAAAGAUUUUUUACAAACCGACAUGUCUUUGAAUCCCAAAAAAACGUUUGGGAACUAAAUCCUAAUUUUAAUGCAAAUAAUUCACCUAGGCAUACUCCAAUGAAUACGACUUCCCGUCAAAUCUCUGGCAAUUCCAGAAAUCAAUUACCCCAAAAUCAUAGAUAUGCGUCUAAAGAAUUAACUAAUGUUGAAUAUUGCGAUUUGUCAGACAAUUUAAACGAUUUUGUCAGCAAAAGUUGCGAAUACGAAAUCGUCGACUCGUCUUCCGGCGAUAAUUUACCAAAUGUCUCAGGAACACAGUCCCCCAAAUCCGAAGCUAUGAUAGAAUUUUAUAAUUCAUUCGAUAAAGAGCAAUUGCCUUAUAUUGCAAUAAAUAACCCACUGGUAAAACUUUUAGUAGACACCGGGGCAACUAAAUCAUUUUUAUCCCCAGAAAUUGUUGAUAAAUAUUUUUUUAAAUUUAAAAUCGAGGAACCAUUCGUUGUUUCAACAGCUUUGGACUCCUCCAAACAUAACGUUUCAGUAACCAUUCCGACAUUCCCAGAAUUCCAAACAAAACAAGAUAUUAAAUUUUUGGUAUAUAAAUUUCAUUGCAUAUUUGAUGGUCUAUUAGGAAUAGAUUUAUUAAACUCAUUGAAUAUUCAUAUUGAUUUGCCAAACGCGCAAAUAAUUUUAAAUAAUAAUAUUUUUUUACCAUUUAAUUACUUUAAUGCCACGCCAAUAGAAACAAAACCCCAACUAUUAUCUGAAUAUUUUGAAAGCUUUAACGUUGCUCUUGAACCCACUAUUGAUAAUAGCGACAAACAUAAAAUUGAUUAUCUAAUUAAAACAGAUCACAUGAUUGACGAAGAAAAGCAACAUAUUCAAAUUUUACAAGAAUCCCAAAAAGAUCUAAAUAUCCUAGAUCAAAUGCCGUACGCAAUUUUAGAUCGCAAUAAUAUCAUUCAGUCAGCUACAAAACAGCGACCCAUAAAUUUAAUUACCCGACGUUUAGAGGGUAACAACCCUUUGACGUAUGAAUCCGAAAAAAUGAAUAUGUCGAAAAUAAAUCAAUAUCUUCUUAUAGAAGGAGAACCUCAACCUAUAAUAAAAUUAAAAGAAUUAACCAAGGACGUUGCUUACAAAAUUAAUUCAGCGGAAAUAGUUUCUACAAAGUUUGGAGAUACAAUUCGAUUGGUGAUAGAAGGAGAUAAAACUGUAUUUUUACCUCAAAGUAGAUUAACUACAAGUGGAGCAGGUUUCAGUAACCAAUUAUCUAAUAAUAGAGUUAGGUGGGAAGAUGUUGAAUCAAUAUUUCAAAAUAGAAUUAAAACUGGAAUAAUAAUAAAUUUAAAACACAAAGAUAUCUUGCAAUUUUUAAAUGACGCAAGUCAACUAUUUCAAAAUAAAAUACGCUUAUUUAAUUUAAAUAUGAUUAAAGUUAAUUCAACUUUCUGUGGGGAAUUCGUAAAGAAAAAUAGUGAUGAUGAGGAAAUAACAGAUUUUAAAUAUUUUCAUACUAAAAGUUCUUCUAUUGAUUCAUCAACAGACCUAAAAAACUGGUUUGAAGAACACAUAAAGGAUAUUAUUUUAAAUAAAUUAUCUGAAUUUCAAGAACGUGAUUCAUCAUGGGCACUAAGUAGAAUUAUAUCACUGGAAAUAAAUAUCAAUAAAUAUGAAAUCGGAAACGGUUCAUCUUUCAUUAGAUUACCUGAACAAAUUGCAAAUAAAACAGCAUGUAUAAAUAUAUAUAAUUAUGAUGAGGCAUGUUUUUAUUGGAGCAUUGUUAGUGCGUUGUAUCCAACAAAUUAUCACAGUGAUCGUUUAUCUUCAUAUCCGCAUUAUACUCAAGUUUUAAAUUUACAAGGUUUAGAUAUUCCAAUACAAUUUAAUAAAAUUUCACUCUUUGAAAAAUUAAAUCAAUUAUCUGUAAAUGUUUAUGGAUUAGAAUUAGUAGGAAAAAAUUAUAAUGUGGUUCCAUUAAGACUUACAAAAAACAAAUUAGAAAAACAUAUAAAUUUACUUUUGAUUCAAAAUACUUAUUUUCCAAAACUAAAUGAUUAUGAUGCACCCGAUCCAAAUGAUAAUGAACAAAUUAAUAUACGAUAUCACUAUUGUUGGAUAAAAAAUUUAUCUAGAUUAUUAAAUUAUCAAUUAAAUAAAGAUGGUCAUAAAAAAUUUAUUUGCGAUAGAUGUUUAAAUUACUUUUUUGAUGAAAAUAAACUUAAAGAUCAUUCAAUUCUAUGUCAAAAACUUAAUGAUUAUAAAAUUACGUUUCCAAAAGAAAAAGUAGUUAAAUUUAAAAACUUUAUAAAUAAACAAAAAGCACCUUUCAUGAUUUAUGCUGAUUUUGAAUCAAUGUUAUUGCCAAUUAAUGAUAAAAUAAAUAUUAAAUCAACUAAAUAUCAAAAACAUACUGCUUUUAGUUGCGGAUAUUAUUUUAAAUGUGAUUAUGAUAAUAGUUUAUCAUAUUUUAAAAGUUAUCGAGGUGUUGAUUGUAUGGAGUGGUUUGCAAAGGAAAUGAAUAAUAUUGCUGAAACAAUUCUAUCAAAAUUUAAAAAUAUAGUUCCGAUGAAACAACUUCCUGACAGAGUAAAUAUAAAGUUUUGUCAUAUUUGUGAAAAUAAUUUUACACUAAAAGAUAUUGUCGUUCGUGACCAUAAUCAUUUUACUGGAGAUUUUCGUGGAUUUGCUCAUGAAGCAUGUAAUUUAAAUUUUAGAAAACAAUUUGUUGUACCAGUUGUGUUUCAUAAUUUAAGUGGCUAUGAUAGUCAUUUUAUAAUUCGUGAUCUUGCUAAAUUGGGAAAAAUUACUUUGUUACCAAUAAACAAAGAAAAAUAUAUUUCAUUUACUUUGCAUACUCCAUGUAGCAUAAAACUUCGUUUUAUAGAUUCAAUUAGAUUUAUGAGUGCUUCUCUUGAUCAAUUAGCAUCAACAUUAAAUACAAAAGAUUUAGUUAAUUUACAUAAUGAGUUCAAUUAUUUAAAUCCAGAUAAGUUUCAGUUGCUUACAAAGAAAGGUGUUUUUUGUUAUGAUUAUAUAGAUACCUGGAAUAAACUUGAUGAAAAGCAAUUACCUUCAAAGAAUUAUUUUUAUAAUAAACUCAAUGAUGAAGAAAUUAGUAAUGAAAAAUAUGAACAUGCAAAAACAAUUUGGGGAACGUUUAAUAUUCAGAAUUUGGGGGAAUAUUCUGAUUUGUAUUUGAAAACAGAUGUUCUUUUGUUAGCUGAUAUUUUUGAAAACUUUCGAAAUAUUGGAUUUAAUACGAGCGGUUUAGAUCCUGCAUGGUAUUAUACCGUACCUGGUUAUUCAUGGGAUUGUAUGUUAAAAUAUACAAAAUGUGAAUUAGAAAUUCUACAUGAUAAUGAUAUGAUUCUAUUUGUUGAAAAUGGUAUUCGAGGAGGUAUAAGUCAAUGUUCUUCACGAUAUUCAGAAGCUAAUAAUAAAUAUUUGUCAAAUUAUGAUAAAUCAAAGCCAGAUUCAUAUUUAUUUUAUGUAGAUGUUAAUAAUUUAUAUGGAUGGGCUAUGUCACAACCACUUCCUUUUGGUAAAUUUCAAUGGGUUGAUACUAACAUUGAUGUUACCUGCAUCCCUGAUGAUGCUCCUUUUGGAUAUAUUUUAGAAGUUGAUUUAGAAUACCCAGAAGUACUACAUGAUAGUCACAAAGAUUUACCUUUUUGUGCAGAACAUAGAAUACCACAAAAUUCAAAAUUACCUAAACUUUUAACAACAUUUUAUUAUAAAAAAAAUUAUAUUAUUCAUUAUCGAGCUCUGAAACAAGCUGUAGCUCAUGGAUUAAUUAUUAAAAAAAUUCAUAAAGUUUUACAAUUUAAACAAUUUGCAUGGUUAAAACCGUACGUUGAUCUAAAUACACGUUUUCGUGCACAGGCAAAAACUAAAUUUGAACAAGAUCAUUUUAAACUCAAAGUUAAUUCUAUUUAUGGCAAAACUAUGGAAAAUAUUAGAAAGCACCGUGUAGUAAAACUAGUUAGACAAUGGGAGGGAAGAUAUGGUGCAAAAAAUUUGAUAUCAAGUCCUAGAUUCCACAGUCGAACUAUCUUUGAUGAUGAUUUAAUGGCUAUAGAGUUACGAAAAUCAGAAAUAAAAUUUAAUAAACCUUUAUACAUUGGCAUGGCUAUUUUAGAUAUUUCAAAGACUUGCAUGUAUGAAUUUCAUUAUGACUUCAUGUUGCCUAAAUUGGGUGAUAACUGUAAAAUUAUGUAUACUGACACAGAUAGUUUCAUUUAUGAAAUUAAAUGUAAUGAUUUAUAUGAAGAAAUUAUUAAAAAUAAUAUUAAUAUGUUUGAUACUAGUGACUAUGCUCCAAAUAAUAUCUAUAAUAUACCUCGUUGCAAUAAAAAAGUUCCAGGUUUAAUGAAAGAUGAAGCAAACGGAAAUAUUGAAAUAAUUAAUAAGUUUAUGAAUUUGGAUGAAGAGCAAGAAGCCAUCGUCCUACAACAUUUUUGUUUAGAAUUUGAAUCUUUGGAAAAAGUUAUAAAAAUAUUAAAUAAACAUUCAACCGUUUGGUUAGAUUUUAAUUCCAUUUCACAACUUUGGAAAAUGCUACCUUUAAUAAAUCACAUAUUGUAUACAUACAAGCGUCAACAAUUUGAUAGUGCUUUAAAAGUUAUUGAAUUAGGUGUUCAACAUUCUAGUGAUGUAACUAAUACAGCUCUGAAGAUAAUUGAACCAAUAAAAACAGUAAAUCCAAUAACAUAUGCUCUAGGUGUAGAAAUAAUUUAUAUGUAUCCAGAAUUUCUUGAAAACAAAAAAUGA